CAUUUGGAGGGAAAAUAACAGAAAUGUAGCCGGGUUCUUAGGUGUCUUUUGCCCUUUUUUCCUUAAAAAAAGAUUGUGUCAGUAUUUCAUUAGUGUUACGUAGUGUUAGAUUCAAGUUUUGAUUCAAAAUUAAGUGUGAGCAAUGGGCAUUUCUCAACUGUUACCCUUCUUGGAGAAGAGCACCCGGCCUUGCCAUGUCUCUGAGUUUCGGGGGCGCACGGUGGCUGUCGACAGCUACUGUUGGCUGCAUCGAGGUGCUAGAAGCUGUGCUUUGCAAUUGGCAAAAGGCGAAAAGACUGAUUUAUUUGUUAACUACUGCAUGAAAUUCGUCCGGAUGCUCCUCAGCCAUGACAUUAGACCGAUUAUGGUGUUUGACGGCCGUCACUUGCCAGCGAAACUAAAGACUGAAGAGAAACGACGAGAGUUGAAAAAAUUAGCCCGUAGACAGGGGAUGGAGUGUCUCAGAUUGGGGCACACUAGUGACGCUUAUAAGUUUUUCGCGCAAUCGGUUGAUGUCACUCCUGAAAUGGCCCUAGAUCUCAUUAAAGAGUGCCGAAAACUACACGUUGAUUGCAUUGUAGCCCCGUAUGAAGCUGACGCCCAGUUGGCUCAUUUUAAUUUAAGGGGGCUAGCAGAUUGCAUCAUAACUGAGGACUCUGAUUUGCUACUAUUUGGGUGUUUGAAAGUCUUGUAUAAAAUGGAUAUCAAUGGACGGGGGCAACUUGUUGAAGCCGACAAAAUACACAUUUCUAUGAAUAUGAAACCAACUUGCUUCACUUUGGAGAAAUUUCGCUACAUGUGCAUCUUGUCAGGGUGCGAUUAUGUGGAUUCCCUUCCCGGAAUUGGGAUUAGAAAAGCCUUGAAAUUUAUAUCCAUGACAGCGGAGACUAACCCUGCUAUAUUUCUAGAUAAAUUACCACGGUACUUAAAGAUGCCUUCUCUGACAGUCACUGAUGACUAUAAAUUUGAGUUCCUAGUUGCAAACGCAACAUUUUUGCACCAACUUGUAUUUGACCCAAUACAAAAGAAAUUAGUUCCGUUAACUCCAGUCAGUACAAAUAUUAACUACUGCCAAAAUGCCGGCGACUUCUUUGAUAAUAAAAUCGCCUUGCAACUGGCUUUGGGCAACCUGAACCCUCUUACGAUGCUACCAAUGGACAACUGGGACCCCAGCAACAGUAUUAUGAAUGAAUUCAGUAUUUGGUCUCCAAAGUUCCGGUUCCGUCCUCCCGUUUCUCGUCCCGAGUCGACGGUUUCAACCCCAUUCAAGUUUCAACCAGUUGAUCCUUCGGCCAUUGAAGCAUCAGUGGCUCAACACGAGGACGAAAUCGAAAGAGAACUCGCUUUCUACAAUGAGCCUUCUUGCGCAAAUGCACCGAAGGUAGAAACAGAAAGGACUGAAUCUCAUGAGUCCAGCGCUUCUACCUCUCCUGUGUUGGGAAAAAACCCUUUCUUGAAGAGGAAACUCAGCAAAUUCCAACCGACGGAUACCUCCUGUCAGCCGAGAGUUGUUAGUCGUUUCUUCUCGUCAUCUGAAGGAUCUGAAAGAUCUGAAAACUUGGAUAGUUCCUUCUCAUCUGUGCAAACCCCUGAGAGUUGUAGUCCUGUCAUAUUGACGCCUGAGGAUAGCAAUUCUGAAGGCAGUUCGCUUGUUGUAGAAUGUGAAUGCGUUCUAGAAGUGGACGAUUCGGUUUUACUCAGCGUCGAAAAUUUACCAAAUCCUGAUCGCAAACGCCGCCACGAGGAUGGAGAUGAUGGAAAGGGGAAGAAGAAAAGGCAAGCUACCAUUCAAGAAAUGUUCAAGAAGAUGCAGACUCGUUGAACUUUUUUUUUCUAGUUAUUUAAAGUACCAAAGGAGCUUUAAAUCAAAGUUAUAUUUAUUUGUAAAACCAAAUGAAUUCUCUAUCUUAGAUUUAAGUUUUGUGAUGUUUUGUGAUUUUACUCGUUAGCAGAUUUUUGAGGGUUUUCUUAUUUAAAAACUUUUCAUUCAAUCGUAUCAUUUAAAUAGUUAUAAAACAAUGAUUACGUGUUUGCAUGAGUUUUUCACACCAGUCGUUUCUAUAUCAUAGUUUUAGUAUCUAAAUUGUAAAAAUUAUUUAUUUUUCCAGUUACCUGUCCCAAAGGGGUUUUCUAUAGUAUAAGAAUAAGAAUCUUGUAAUGAUAUUAUCUUGUGAUCAUUUUUGUUUGUAUGUUCCAGUUUUUGUAAAGUUUUAAAUAAAAAGUUUCUG